UUAGUGACAAUUUUCUCACGUGUUUUUGUUUUGCAUUAAGUGAUUUAUAUUUAAGCGGAUUAGACCAUAAACUAACUAAAAUAAGAUAUACAGAAAAUAAUGGAAACAUUUCUGUGUCUCCUUCCGAAACAUUGUCUGGAUAAACUACAAGUUGUUCGGUGAUUUAUUCUGAAAGUAUUGAGUGAAAAUAUUUAUUUAUAUUUAUUUACUGACUUAAAAGUUUGUGGUAAUGACAUAUUCUUAGAAAAUGUUAUCAGCGGAGAAAGAUGUGGGUCAUAUAUAUAGAACCAGCAUACGUAAGAAAAUGGAUCAUGUUUAUGAGGAAAUUAUUGCAGGGUCCUGCAAAAAGAUGAAAUUUGUUCGCCACACCAAAGACAAUGAUGAAACCAAGCCAACUCCAUGCAAACGUAAUAAGAACAUGGUGUUUACCCCAUGUAUGGAUGCUUCUAAUUGUCAUGCAGUUGGUGGAACCACAACACCUAAGAUGCCGUUUACAUCAACCUCUGUCCUCAAUAACAGAAUCAGUUUAAGGAAUGACGACACAUACCUCUGUCCUGCUCCUAGUACCACAGUGAAACAUUUGAAAGCUCAGGGUCAGCUGAAGUUGUCAGCUUCUAUCAGCCAAGGUGUUCUUCAAGUUAAUGUUAUACAAGGUCGCCAAUUGUCUACCAGACAGAAGACAACUUCAAUCACCUUUGUAAAGGUGUCCAUAAUUCCAGACGGUGAUAGCAGAAGGUGUAGUAGUAAGACAUCCAUUGUGACCGACUCCAACAACCCUCUCUACGACCAGCAGUUCUCAUUUGUGAUUGCUGAAGAAGAUUUGAAGAAGAGGUUGCAUAUCUCUGUGUUUGACAGUGGUAAAGCAUCUAGUUUAUGUGAGUUCCUUGGCGGUAUGUCUUUUGGUAUUCAACAUCUGCUAAAUCCACAGAAGGAUGUUAUGGGUUGGUAUCAUCUGCUAACAGAAGAGAUUAGUCAUCACAAGCACCUUAAAGUUUCUACAGUAGCCAGAAUGACCCCAUACAAGAAAGGUAGUCUAACAGACAAGAAAACAGCAGACAAUGACAUCAUUACAGUUACCAUCUCUCGUAGUACCAGUGGUUAUGGUUUUACAGUUGUUGACUCCUGUCCUGUUAAGAUUGGUAAAGUAGACCAUGGUUCACCAGCUUCUUUAGCAGGUCUAUGCCCAGGGGACCACGUCAUCUCUGUCAAUGGUCACAACGUGUCAAGGUCACAGUCAUCUAGAGUAGCAAAGAUUGUCAAGAAUGGUGGUCAGUCACUUGUCAUCGAGAUUCAACGUGCUAGUCAGUUGUCCCUCCUUAACCAGUCGCUAUGGCAACCAGAACCCACCCUGCUGUUAGACCCAACAGACAUGAGACGCUGCAGCCACGAUAAGGGUUACACCUCCGAGUCAGACCUGUCCGACACAGAUGAGGGUAUCUACUCCUGGCCAAGCAACAACACCAGUACACCUGUAAAGAAAGACAAGAAAUCAGAGUCAACAGCAGCUUCAGAGAAGACAAUCUCCACACUGAUUCACCAACUCCUGACUGCAGAGUCCAACUUCAUUGAUGUAAUGCAUGCAGGUAUGCAGCUGUACUCACGACCACUACGACACAGCAUAUUGACUCCACAACAACACUCCUCCCUCUUCCAGAAUAUUGAAAAGUUGGUUAUGAUCUCCCAGUUUCAAGUAAAACAGAUCCAGAACAACAUCCCAGCCUCCGAGUCAUCGUCAGACUCAGACUCCAGUACCACAUCUUCAUCUGCUACAGAGACAGCUCAACACAUUGGCAAGAUCUAUCAGUCGAAGAUUGCUAUGUUCUGCCAAGCUUAUGAUUUUUAUGCCAAGGGUAUCACCUCAGCCAACAAAGUUUUGUCAGAUCUCAGCACUUCAGAAGACUUUAUCAAGUUUGUUAGGAAUUCCACCUUAGAGGCUGGUGAACCAUCCAUCAGUAGUUAUAUUUACCUCCCAGUACAGCACAUCGUCCGAGUGUACAACAUUCUACAACAGAUAUUAGUCUUCAUUGAUGAUGCCGGUCUCUCAGCUACCAUGCACACUUUUAGAACCUGUAUUGACAACAUGACCAGCUAUCCUAGUGUUUCACAGAUCCUCUGUCUAGCCUCACUUUCACCUAUCUCAUCAACACCAGCAGCAGAUAGCCACACAUCAAGGUCAUCCACUAGCACAGGAAGUAGGGGGUACUGUGAUGGUCAGCUAUCUCUGCCAACGUUUCAGGAGUAUUGACUUGUUUUUAGCCUUUUAUUACUGUGAUACUGACUAUUUUGUUGGAGUGUUACAACAGAGAUUCAGCACCAAGCUCUGAGAUUCUUCUAAUGGUGUAGACCGUCCUUAGAUAAUGAUACUGCUGGACAAAGCAGGGAAUAACAGGUUCUCAGAAUUCACCAAAAUCCAUUGGACAAUGAAGAUUGAUGUAUAUGAACUUUUAAUUUGUUUAUAAUGUGUAUUAAUAGGACCUAUAUAAUAGUUCUGUAUCUCACAAUAGUGCCAAUAAGUGCUAAUUUAUUUGUAUAUACUGUUUUAUUUUUAUUGUUAUCAAUUUGAUGUUUAUUAAAUUGAAAAUAUGAAAUGAUA